AUGCACUGGACACUGAAACUCGGCCUCGCCCUUGGCCCGAUGCUGGCCGUGAGCUUGAUCAGUGCCCUGUAUCUCUACCAAGCAGAGCUGAUCUAUCCCUCCUCCAUUCCACCGGGCUCUCGGACCCAAGUCGCCCUUCCGCACGAGUGCGAAAUGAGCGACUACGAUGAAGAAAUGAUCACCACCCCCGACAAGGUCAAGCUGCAUGUCUACGCCAUCUACAAGCGCAAGGGCGCCGCUGGGUUUGACAUCAUCAACGACCCGGUGUCGAGAGAUGGCAUGCGGUCGAGAAAGCCUGGAUCCGGCAGUGUCGCCGACUACACGGUGCUUUACUUCCACGCCAAUGCAGGAAACAUGGGCCAUCGCUUGCCAAUCUCGUAUCUCUUCUAUCGGUGUCUCAACUGCAACGUUGUGAUGCUGUCGUACCGCGGAUACGGCAAGAGCGAGGGACACGCCUCCGAGGCUGGCCUCAAGAUCGAUAGCUACACUGCCCUGGACUAUAUCAAGAACCACCCUCUUCUCAAGCACACCAAAGUCAUUCUGUUUGGCCAGUCGAUCGGAGGCGCCGUUGCCAUCAACCUUGCUGCUGAGCGAUCGGCAGACAUCCAUGGACUGAUUGUCGAGAAUACCUUCCUGAGCCUGCCAAAGCUGAUUCCCCACGUCAUGCCAAUGAUCCGCAAUCUCGUCUUUCUCUGUCAUCAAGUAUGGAACUCGGAGGAAAGCAUCCGGCGCAUCAGCCCAUCCGUUCCUAUCCUGUUCCUCUCUGGGAGCAAAGACGAGCUCGUUCCACAAACCCACAUGCGUCGCCUCUAUGAGAUCGCAAGCUCACAGCGUGCUGACGAGCAAGCUCAAGAGGAGAAGCUGGACCUGAAAUCUCGCCGAGCCCGCGUCGAUUGGCACGAGUUCCGCGACGGAACCCACAACGAUACAUGCAUCCAGAGCGGAUACAUCGAGCGGGUCGUUCAAUUUUGGGACGAGCAGAUCAUCUGA